UGGAGGCAGAGAAAGGCUGGCGCAUUCUGAGGCGUCCUCUCCUUCCUCUGUGGCCGUAUCUGACCCUGAUGCCUUCCUGCUGUUCUGGGCACGUAGGCUCAGUGUGCCCGCAAGCUGGCCCGGUGUGGUGGAGCAGUCAGUCGUCCCGAAGCCAGGAGUCCGAGGCCCUGCGUGCUGGGCUCCUGGUCCUCGCAGAGGCGCCCGGGCCCCAGGGAAUCGCCCAGCCUGCAGCCACAGCCCUGCUUGUCCAGAGGCCCUGGUGGGGGUACCAGAGCCGAGUGCAGCCGGCCACUACGUGGGUCCUGAUGCUGGAGGGGAGGGGUUUCCUUCUGCUGCGCUUCCACGCUGCCAUCCAUGGUCCCUGGGAGGCUCGGGGGACAGACGUGCUGUUGCCUGGAUUAGAGGCACUGGGCCUGCUGGGCCCCACACGAGUGCUUUCUCUGGCAGCUCGGUGGUUUACCCGCUGGAAGCGUGCAGGUCGGCCGAGCCCUAUGUCACAGUCGUGCAGUCCUCACCAGGGCUAACCUUAAGUCAUUCCCCCUCCCCAGGUGGGCCCCGUCCCCAUUAGCGGUGACCACCCCCCUCCCCAGCCCUUGGCCCCCGCGAGCCCCCUUCCCGUCCGUGGACGUGUCACACACGUGGACUCACACCUUGCAUGGCCUGUGUCCGCUUCCCUCCCUGUGCGUUGUGGUCCGUCCUCCCUCCCGCUCGCGGCCAGGGACACUCCUGUGCAUGGGGGACCGUGUGUGUACCCGUUUCCCCAUCCCAGUGCACAUUUCGGCCGCUUUCACCUCACGCCCUCCCUGAGUCAGCCGCUCUGAACACCGGGUGUCUCCCGUCAGGUCGCUGGGCGAGUGGGGCUGCCGUGCCGUCCGUGUCCCAAGUGGCAGGCGGCGCGCCCAGCGGUUACUGACGCCCGCCGGUGCUGUUGGUGCGUUGGGCAGGGCCCCCGAGGGUCGGCGCUCAUCUCCGAGAGACAGGCCCACACCGUCCGCGAGCUGAGCGGGAUCACGAGCGUCCCCACUUCAGAACACCUGGCCUUGGACUUCCCAGCAGGUCCCGCCGAGCAGCUCUUGGGGUCCUGGCCCAGAAGCCUAACCUGAGAUUUGACCGCACCCCCAGGAUGUCCUAGUCCGUCCAUGCCCCAGUGGGAAGAAGUUCCGGAGCAAGCCCCAGCUGGCGCGGUACCUGGGGGGCUCCAUGGACCUGAGCACCUUCGACUUCCGGACAGGCAAAAUGCUCGUGAGCAAGAUGAACCGGAGCCGCCAGAGGGUCCGCUACGACUCGGCCAGCCAGGCCAAGGGCAAGCCGGACCUGAACACGGCCCUCCCCGUCAGACAGACGGCGUCUAUCUUCAAGCAGCCAGUGACCAAGAUCACCAACCACCCCAGCAACAAGGUGAAGAGUGACCCACAGAAGGCCGUGGAGCAGCCUCGGCAGCUUUUCUGGGAGAAGAAGCUGAGUGGUCUCAAUGCCUUCGACAUCGCCGAGGAGCUCGUCAAGACCAUGGACCUCCCCAAGGGCCUGCAAGGCGUGGGGCCAGGCUGCACGGAUGAGACCCUGCUGUCGGCCAUCGCCAGCGCCCUGCACACCAGCACCAUGCCCAUCACCGGGCAGCUCUCCGCCGCUGUGGAGAAGAACCCUGGGGUGUGGCUGAACACGGCCCAGCCCCUCUGCAAGGCCUUCAUGGUGACCGAUGAGGACAUCAGGAAGCAGGAGGAGCUGGUGCAGCAGGUGCGCAAGCGGCUCGAGGAGGCGCUGAUGGCCGACAUGCUGGCCCACGUGGAGGAGUUGGCCCGGGACGGCGAGGCACCUCUGGACAAGGCUGGCGACGACGACGACGACGACGACGACGACGAGGACGACGAGGACGAGCCCGACCAGGACCAGGAGAUGGAGCACGUGUAAAGCAGGUGCCGGCGCUUGGGCGGGGCCACGGGGAGGAAGGACGUGCCCCGUGCAGGGGGUGGCUCCCAGCCCGGGUGUUGACGGCGCCCUCUCCCCGUCUCUCCAGAGGCCCCGUGGAGGCCUGCGUGCGGGCAGCCCCUGCAGACUCCGCUGUCUCUAUACUCGGACCAGGCUUUGGGGCCCGGCCCAGCAGGCCGGGGAUGAUGGCAGCCCCUCCUAGGCCUUCCCAGGCGUAUCCCCUCCUCUGGGUCCACGGGGGCACGGCUGGAGGACAGUUCCUGCCUGACGGGCCCCCACGUUUGCUCUCCUCUGAAGGGUCUGGGUGCAGAAGCCCCCGUCGCCCUGGGCCUGGCUGCGGUGGGCCCUCCUUGGAGCCCCCCCCCCCACCCUGGACUCGGGGCCAGCCUCGUCCCCACGGCCGCGUCACACAGGACAGCUGCCGCGGGGCGGCCUGUGAGGGUCCCCAAGUGGCUGGAGAAAUAUUUUUUGGAACAGUCUUGCUCCUUGCUCCUAGCGUGUGAGGGACGCUGCUCCAGGGUCCGCACAUUAGCCCUCCAGGAAGGGGGUGCGGGAAGGCUGCCCUGCGCGCCCACUGGCGGGCGAGGCCGUGACCGCUCCGAGCUCAUCUGAAGGCAAACGCACAGCCCAGACGUUUUCCUUCAAUAAACCCAUGUACAAACGAGGCUGGACGUCCGCUCGACUGCUCAGCCCGUGUGUCUGCUGCACGUGGAGGCGAACUUUGCCUUUGUGUCGGGGGAGCUCACUGUUGACAGCGCAGCCGACCCUGCCCGCGGUCAGCUGGCCACCGGCGCCAGCCAACUCCUGGCCAACAUCCCGGGCCGGGGCUCCGAGGCAGCUGUGCUACCGGCCAGGGCUCCUCGUCCCCCUCCCCCUGUGGCGGGGACGGUGACACCCGGCGCUCAGGGCCAGAGCUGGUGCUGGGGCCACGGCCUCUCCGGCGUCCUGUCCUGGGUUGUGUUCUGUGGGUCCAGCGUUUCCAGCACCCGGUGCCCAGAGCAGCGGCCUCAGAGGAGCUCGGGGUGCGGAGGCUGUUGGAACCGUGUCACUCCGCCUGCCACCUCUUAGCCGGAGUGCCUUGGGUGAGGGGAGCCCUCCCGUCCCUGCUCAGCCCCGGCCCACAGCCCGAGACUGUUGUGUGGGACCUGGGCUGUUGCGUGUGUGGCUGUCACCCUGGCUGAUGCGGAGGGUGGGGUAGGUAUUGGGAGGCACCUGGCGGUCCGAGGACGCCGGCCCAGCUCUGCACACGGCAGCAUCGGGCCCGGCCCAUCAAAGCACAAAUCCUCCGGGACCAGCGUGGGAGUGCGUGCAGGCCCGCAGGGGGGCGCGGGCCACCACCGGCCCCCAGGAGGGCCCCUCCCCUGCGGCCACAUGGCCUUCUGCCCUUCAGAGGUCACAGCUGCUGAGGGAGCUCUGUCUGGGGCUGGCCCCUGCAUGGGCCUGAGGUCCAGGUGCUGGGGCCCCCUGCCCAGCGGGGGGGACUGUGGGGCCCGGGAGGCGCCGUGUCCUGUGGGCGACUGUUGAAUAAAGCCGUCUCAGUGAG